AACCGCUGCACAUCAUGUAGCGGAAAGAGCUCCGUCAGUUCCAGCCCUUCAGUCGAGCAAUGGCACAGGGUUUGUAGAGUCUUACUUCUAUUGUUGAGUGAAAUAUCAAUAACAUAGUUACAGUCUGCAGCAGUUGAAUUAUAUUUUCUUUGUGUUGCCUGUUGGAUUAAAGUCGCCGAUGAAACAAUGGAGGCGCCUUUGAUUGUGCUGCCAAGAAGGUACGUCUCGCAUGUCCUUGUGUUCUCUGCAAUACUGAACGCAGCUUUUUCGGUCACGCAUUACUCUAUUCCUGAGGAGAUGGAAGAGGGUUCUGUUGUGGCUAAUCUGGCUACAGAUUUGGGACUCGAAGUCAACACUUUGGCUAAACGCAAGAUGCGCCUGGAUAUUAUCGCCAGUAAGAAAUACCUGGAGAUUAACAAAGAGACGGGAGAGCUGUACGUCAUGGAGAGGAUAGAUAGAGAACAUUUGUGUGCUGUGCGUAUAACUUGUUUCAUUAAAAUGGAUGUCAUUAUCGAGAACCCCAUUCGAAUAUUCAACAUUGAAUUGGAAGUCAUCGAUAUUAACGACAAUGCGCCUCAUUUUCGAAGGGACACAAUAUACUUGGAUAUUUCCGAAUCUGCUUCUCCAGGAGAAAGAUUCUCUCUUAACAAUGCCGUGGAUCCCGAUGUCGGUACAAACUCGAUUAAAACAUAUUAUCUCAGUGAAAGUGACAGUUUCGAUAUUGAAAUCCAAACAGGAAGAGAUGGAUCGAAAUUUGCUGAUUUGAUUUUAAAAAGAGCUUUGGACCGAGAGGAGCAGGCUGUUCAUAAUCUAAUACUCACCGCUGUAGAUGGCGGAGUCCCCGCGCGAUCCGGCACCGCCGGCAUCAUUGUGCGCGUGCUGGACAUAAAUGACAACGCCCCUCAGUUUGACCAGGAGGCGUAUAUUGUGAAUAUAACAGAAAAUACCCCCAUAGGAGCUCUGGUUAUUAAAUUAAAUGCGACUGAUUUAGACGAAGGUUCAAAUUCAGAGAUUACAUAUUCUUUCAGUCUAUACACAUCGGAGAAGACACAGGAAAUGUUCAGUUUACAUCCAAACAACGGCGAAAUAAGAAUCAAGGAACUCGUUAAUUUUGAAGAAUUUCAGUCAUUUGAAAUGGAUAUAUUAGCUAAAGACAAAGGAUUAAUGACUGGGCAAUGUAAAUUAAUGAUUUUCAUAGCCGAUAUGAACGACAACCACCCUGAAAUCUCCAUUAAAUCAUUUCAGAGUAGCAUUAAAGAGAAUGUCACUGUUGACACAGUAAUAGCAUUUAUUAGUGUGAGUGACAAAGAUUCCGGAGAUAAUGGCAAAGUCGAUAUACAGCUAUCAGGACCACUGCCCUUCUCUCUAAAAACGACAUCAGAGGGCUAUUACUCGCUGGUAGUUUCGGAACUCUUAGAUCGUGAAAAGGUUUCGGAGUAUGAAAUCACUAUCAUAGUGACAGACAGGGGCACGCCCCCUUUGUCUGAUAAUGAAACGAUCACUUUGCAUUUAUUGGACGUCAACGACAACGCGCCACUUUUCCCCAAGUCCUUCUACACCAUCCCGGUGAUGGAGAACAAUGCGCCAGGAUCCCUGCUGAGUUCCAUCACAGCCUUUGAUCCAGAUUUACAUGAAAACCAGUAUCUGGUUUAUUUCAUUAUCGAAAAGGAAAUAGCCAACACAUCGAUGUCAAUGUUAUUUUCCAUAAACCCUGAAAACGGUGAUCUUUACGCACUAAGGACUUUUGAUUACGAGAGAGAGAAGGAGUUCCUGUUCCACAUUGAAGCUCGAGACUCUGGUGUCCCUCCUCUCAGCAGUAAUGUCACUGUCCACAUCAUUAUUCUGGAUCAGAACGACAACACUCCCGUCAUAGUGUCUCCAUGGCGCGCACACGGCUCUGUAGUUGAGGAAGUGAUCCCGAGAUCCACUGAGAAAGGAUAUUUGGUCGCCAAGGUGAUCGCCAUUGACUCAGACUCUGUGCAGAACUCUCGAGUAACGUACCAGUUUCUACAGAUCACUGACGCUACUUUAUUCAGUCUGGACCAAUAUAACGGGGAAAUCCGGACGACGAGAAUGUUCAGUUACAGAGAUCCGCGCCAUCAGCGACUGGUCGUUGUUGCCAAGGACAACGGAGACCCAGCUCUUUCUGCUACAGUUACCAUCAAGAUAUCAACGGUGGAGCACGUCAUUAAAGCGUUUUCCGAAACAACGGAAAUUCCUUUGGAAUAUGACAUAUUUUCAGAUUUAAAUCUGUAUUUGGUGAUCGGCUUGGGCUCGGUUUCGUUUCUGUUACUGAUGACGAUAUUGGUGAUCAUCGUGCUGAAGUGUCAGAAACCGAAGCCCACCAAAGCGACCCCUCCCUGUAGGAACAGCGUGAUUAGCCAGAGGAACUCUACCAUAGCGGAUUCCACGCUGGUGUCCAGCGAUGCCUACUGGUACAGCUUGUUUUUGGCGGAGACGCGGAAAGGAAAGCUGGUGAUCAGACAGCCAAUACCGAAGGGGGGCGGUUACAUCGUUUCUAGUAUACCCAGGAGCACGGGUUUGACAGAGACCAGCGAAUCAACAGCGUCCACUCUGCAGGUAAUCAACUACUACGAUAAAGCAUUUUAA